AUGGAAUUCGAACCGAUACCCGGCCCUCCAGGGCUUCCCAUCGUAGGCAAUUUGUCGGAUAUCGACCCAGAGAAUCCCAUACUUUCUAUUGGCCAUCUCACCGACAUAUACGGACCCAUUUGGAAAUUUUACAUAGGUGGCGAUCGUAUCGUGAUAGCUUCGCAAGCGUUGAUGAACGAGGUCUCUGAUGAAGAGCGGUUCGCCAAGAUCGUAUCAGGUCCUCUGCAGCAAGUACGAAACGGAACCCACCAUGGGCUGUUCACUGCCUAUGGGCCAGAGGAAAAAAAUUGGGGCGUUGCCCACCGCAUCCUUAUUCCCGCAUUUGGUCCUCUCGCCAUCAGAAACAUGUUCGAUGAGAUGCAUGACGUCGCCGGACAGUUGGUAAUGAAAUGGGCACGGCACGGAUCCGAGCAGGUCAUUCAAGUCACCGACGACUUCACAAGGCUGACCCUCGAUACCAUCGCACUGUGUGCUAUGGAUUACCGCUUUAACUCGUACUACUCCGAGCAUAUGCACCCUUUCGUCCAGGCAAUGGUCGAUUUCCUCAAGGUCAGCGGAGAUCGAUCUCGGCGCGAUUCUAUCACCCAGUUCUUCUACAGACAAGAGACGAAUCAUUACUGGGAAUGCAUUGAACUUCUUCGAAAGACAAGUCAGGAGGUCAUCAGUAGGAGGAAGGAGCAUCCAACAGACAAGAAGGAUCUGGUAAAUGCGAUGCUCAAUGGAGUGGAUCCGAAGACGAAAGAGAAGAUGACGGAUGAGAAUAUCAUCGACAACAUGAUCACGUUUCUCAUUGCAGGGCACGAGACCACCUCUGGGCUACUGUCUUUCGCAUUCUAUUUCCUUCUAAAGAACCCGAGCGCAUACGAGAAGGCCCAGCAAGAGGUGGACGAUGUAAUCGGAAAGGGUCCUGUGACUGUUGAGCACCUUUCGAAGCUUCCGUAUAUCAACGCAGUUCUGAGAGAGACCUUGCGCUUGUGUCCGACUGCUCCCUCGAUCGGCCUCCAAGCGAAGGAGGAUACGACGCUUGGUGGGAAAUAUCAGGUCAAGAAAGGAACACCAAUCGUCGCCUUGUUCCCGAAGAUCCAUCGUGACCCAGCCGUCUACGGCGAGGACAGCGAAGAGUUCCGUCCAGAGCGGAUGCUGGAUGAAGAGUUCGAGCGCCGCAACAAAGAAUUUCCGAACUGCUGGAAGCCGUUUGGUAACGGGAUGAGAGCUUGCAUUGGAAGACCAUUCGCAUGGCAAGAGGCUCUGCUCGUGGUGGCCAUUCUGCUUCAGAACUUCAACUUCACAAUGGACGAUCCCUCCUAUCAGCUCCAAAUCAAGCAGACGCUUACGAUCAAACCCAAAGGCUUCUACAUGCGCGCCCAUCUCAGAAACCACAUGACCGCAACCACACUUGAGCGGGCCCUGGCCUCGGCAACCAUCAGUAAACAGACAGAGCAAACGAGUUCGGUCGCCACAAAGAAAAAGAUCGCUCAAGGCAAACCGAUGGCAAUCUACUACGGCUCGAAUACGGGAACCUGCGAAGCUCUCGCGAAUAGGCUUGCUAGUGAUGCCGCGAAUCACGGCUUCCGCGCGGAGGUAGUCGACAUACUAGACUCGGCGAAAGAGAAUCUGCCAACCGAUAAGCCUAUCGUCAUUGUCACAGCUUCCUACGAGGGUCAGCCCGCAGACAACGCGGCUCACUUCGUGACCUGGAUCAGUUGUCUGAAGGGCUCCGAGCUGGCCAAUGUCAACUACACAGUCUUUGGUUGUGGUCAUCACGAUUGGGCGAACACUUUCCACAGAAUUCCGAGGCUCAUUGACGCGACCAUUGAAGAAAGAGGAGGAAGCCGGAUCGCGGAGAUUGGCACGGCUGACGCGGCGAAAGGCGACAUCUUUACGGACUUCGAAGCGUGGGAAGACAAGGUAUUCUGGCCUGCGAUGAAAGAACGGUACGGAACCUCCGAUACGCCAGAUGGUGCAUCAUUUGAGACCAGCCUGGAUAUCGAGGUUUCAACACCCCGGUCAUCGACCCUACGGCAGGACGUACGAGAAGGUCGCGUGGAGGCCGUCGAAGUACUCUCUGCGCCUGGGGUCCCCGAGAAGCGACAUAUCGAGAUCAGCCUGCCAUCUGAUAUGACUUACACUGCUGGGGACUACCUUGCCAUCCUGCCUCUGAAUCCAAAGGAGAACAUUGGGCGAGCCAUGCGGUAUUUCGGUCUGGCUUGGGAUAGCAUGUUGACCAUCUCCUCUUCCGGACCUACAACGCUUCCGACCGGCGCUCCUAUCUCCGCAACAGACGUGUUUGGGGCUUACGUUGAACUUGCUCAACCUGCGACCAAACGGAAUAUCCUCGCUCUCGGCGAAGCCACGCCGGACGAUGCCUCCAAGAAAGAGCUCACACGUUUGGCAGAGGAUGUGUAUGCUACGGAGAUCUCCGAAAAGCGAGUCUCAAUUCUCGACCUCCUCGAGCGGUUUCCGUCCGUACAUCUCCCGCUCGGGCCCUUCCUGAAGAUGCUGCCUCCGAUGCGCGUGCGCCAGUACUCUAUCUCAUCCUCGCCGCUGUGGUAUUUGAACAAUGUUACACUCACGUACGCCGUAGUUGACCAAGCAGCUUUCAGCGGCCAAGGACGCUUCGUAGGCGUCGCAUCCAGCUACCUCUCAAGGCUUGAUCCGGGGGAUAAAAUUCACGUUUCAGUGCGCGGUUCGCACCAGGCCUUCCAUCUCCCGAAGGAUGCAAAGAACGUUCCGGUGAUCAUGAUCGCCGCGGGGACAGGGCUCGCCCCGUUCCGUGGCUUCAUCCAAGAACGCGCCGCCCAACUCGCCGCCGGUCGCUCCCUGGCACCCGCCCUCCUCUUCUACGGCUGCCACUCGCCUGACACCGAUCUUCUCUACUCCGACCUCCUAUCUCGCUGGGAAAAGCUCGGCGCCGUGUCACUCCGCUACGCGUUCUCCCGCUCGCCGGAGCAGUCCGAGGGCUGCAAGUACGUGCAAGACCGGCUGUACCACGACCGGAAGGAGGUGAUCGAGCUCUUCGACGCGGGUGCCAAGCUGUUCACUUGUGGGAGUCGCGAGGUCGGGAAAGGCGUUGAGGACGCGUGUUUGAGGAUCGCGAAGGAGAAUCAUGAGCAGGUGAAGGGUGUCAAGGCCGAUGAUGCGAAGGCGAAGGCGUGGUUCGACGGGUUGAGGAAUGAGAGGUUUGCGACGGAUGUUUUUGCUUGA